CAAAACCAAAGUCAAAACCACCUGAUUGACAAAGUUUGACAGUCAAAAUAUUCGAGAAUUUAUCUUCGAUUCUUCGUGAUUUGCAUUUACACGCAACCAAGGACUCGUUCUAUUUUUUUUCCGUAAAUUUAGUUGUAUUGAACUGCAGUCAGUAAUUGUAAUAGUAAAGCUGACUUGGAAUAAUUGCCUCUAGUCACAGUUCCGGAAGUUGUUGCAGAACAAAAUGGUUUGUGUUCCAUGUUUCAUCAUUCCAGUGCUAUUGUUUUUGUGGCAUAAGUUCAUUCAGCCUUAUGUGUUGCGGUUCUGGAACCCGUGGGCGGUGAAGGAUGCUGACGGGAACGUCGUCAAGACAGAGUUCCCGUUCAAAUGUGAAGGAGGCGUGUGCGCCUUCGCAAAGAAACCAGUUGAUAUCAAAGACACUAACGAUACAGCAGCAAACAAGGAUUCCCUCAAUGAAAACAAUACUCCGGAUAAAAGAUUGAAAGCUGAGUGAUAUAAUUAUACUCAUUUAAUUUCUUGGACAAAAUAUUACUUUUUUGUGAUAUUACAAUUAUUUGACGCAUUUAUGUUCCUUGUAAGUUGUAUUUUAAUAAAAUGUUUAAAUAUUGUUCAUUGAAAGAAACUAAUUUUGGUUUCCAACUGUUAAAUAUGUUGGGAAGUUUAUUAAUGCAAGUGGUAGACAGUUAUGUAAGGAUGUGGUAUAAAAUGUAUGUUUAAAUAAAACAAUAUUUGAUGAAA